AUGAGCUAUUUCAAGAUUUUGAAUAGUCAUUUUCAACAGUAUCAUUCGUUUUGUUACAUCAAGAAAUCGUUUCUGGUAUUCGGAAAAAACGGUUGGAUUGGAGGGCAGGUAAUUAAGCUUCUGGAGGAUCGCGGAUUCACGGUCUACCGAGCUGAAUCCAGAUUGGAGAAUACGCAGGAUGUAUGCGCUGAAUUGGAUAAGUACAAGCCGGACUAUGUUAUUAAUGCCGCUGGACUUACGGGAAGACCGAACGUCGACUGGUGUGAGUCCCACAAGGAGGAUGUUGUGAGAGUCAAUGUUGUCGGCACUGUGGCUCUGACAGACGCAUGUUUCCGCCGAAACAUUCCCUGCACUGUCUAUGCUACGGGUUGCAUCUAUGAAUACGACGCUGAACAUCCUCUGGGCAGCGGCAAAGGCUUCACUGAAGAAGACGAGCCCAACUUUUCUGGCAGCUUCUACAGUUACACCAAAACAAUGGCCGAAAAGCUUCAAAAGGUGUACUCGAACGUGCUGAUCCUGCGUGUGCGCAUGCCCAUCUCGGACGACCUCUCCCCGCGGAACUUCAUAACAAAAAUCAGCAAAUACGAGAGAGUGGUGAACAUUCCGAACUCGAUGUCGGUCCUGUACGAUCUUCUUCCGAUCAGUAUUGAAUUAACGCUCCAUGAUUGUCGUGGAGUAUACAACUUUACGAAUCCGGGAGUGAUCUCGCACAACGAGAUUUUGGAUUUGUACAAGAAGUACAUCGACGAAUCGUUCACGUACAAGAACUUCUCUUUGGAGGAGCAGGCGAAGGUGCUGGCUGCGGGACGAUCGAAUAAUGAAUUGGAUGCAACCAAGUUGGUUACAAAGUGUAGAGAAUUGGGUCUGGAAGUCCCGCCCAUUAAGGAAUCUAUUGUGCAUGUGUUCGAACGAAUGCAGGUGAAUCUUGGCUUGAAGAAGAAUUGCUUUGUUUGUUUUAUAAUGCCAGACGAAGAAAGAGUAAUGACUCGUAUACAUUAG